AUGCAAGAUUGCAAUCCAACAGAAUAUAGCAAUAUUUUGGUGAGAGAUGAUGGAGCAAACAAGAUAAAUGCCGCUCUUUACAAACAGAUAGUGGGUAGUUUCAUGCAUAUAGCCUCAACAAGACCUAACAUCAUGCAUGAUGUUAUUUCAAUUAGUAAGUACAUGGAGAAUCCAAGAGCAAAGGAAAAUUUAUUUGGUUUUUCUGUUAGUGACUAUAUUGGACGCCUUGAAGAUAGAAAGAGUACGUUAGGAUUUUUUUUUAUGAUGAGUUUUGAAACUGUAUCUUGGUUAUCAAAGAAGCAACAGACUUUAUCAUCUAAGGAAGCUCAAUUUGUUGUAGUAGCUUAUCCUCUUGUUAAGCUAUUGGUUGAGAAGAUUGCUUGA